AUGCGCGACGUGAGCCUGUUCAUAUCCCGCCUCGCCGCGGACGUGGACCUGGAGGUGCUGCGGGCCCAGGUGGAAGAAAUCGCGGGUGUGGCGGGCUCUACCACCUGCGAACUGCAGCCUCAACGACACUCAAACUACAAGUCCUGUAAGGUAAUUGUGAAAGGAGACCUGGUUGCCCCUGCAGGAACAAAACUCCUUGCAACUAUUGAUAAAGACUUCACUUUCUAUGGAACAUCUCCAGUAGAUCUCUCCACACAAUUACUUACCGGCAGGCCAUACGGUGGAGUUGCUUUUCUUUAUAGAAAAGGUUUAGUGAGCGGGGUCACGCGUGUAGAAACAUCUGACGCAAGGUUGCUGUGCAUUGACAUUAACAUUGUGGGGAAUACUCUGAGAAUAAUAAACUGUUAUUUGCCAUAUAAUAACGGGGUUAACGAUGCCGAAUACGUUCAUUAUCUGGCCAAAAUUCAUAACUUGUUAGACGAUCAUCCUAAUAAUAAUGGUAUAGCUGUUGGUGACUACAAUGCACAUCCCCAUUCUAGAUUUGGUGGUGAACUCUCAGGCUUUUGUAAUGAUUUUAACUAUGCUGUUGGAGAUAUGGUUACACUGCCGAGUGACACGUACACGUGGGUGAGUGACGUAACGGGACACACAAGGUGGCUGGACCACGUCGUGUGUCCCGCGUCGUUACUGCCUCGUCUCAGCAUGCACGUCAGGCAUGAUGUAAUUAGUAGUGAUCACCGUCCCCUGGGGGUCACCGUAGCUGCCCUGGUCACACCCUCUACCGCUAUAACAAUAAAUGAAAGAAAAAUAAUAUAUGCUGUGAAAAACAAAUGUGACUAUUAUAUGAAAACAGAGCAAAUGUUAAAGGGAAUAGAUAUACCAGCGGAUGUGGUUCACUGCAAUAGCACAGUGUGCAAUGAUGUCACGCAUAAAGACGCAUUAUCGGCGUUCAAUAAACGAGUCGUGAAAGCCCUCCUACGGUCGGGCGAGGCGAGGAACUCCUCGAGCGGGAGCCACGUCGUUCCUGGCUGGAACGAGCUCGUGCGGGACCGCCACCGCGAGGCGAGGAGCUGCUACUUGGAGUGGCGCGCCAACGGCCAACCGCGUCGAGGCCCCGUAUACACGCGCAUGGCACGGUCGAGAUUAGAUUUUAAGAGGGCUUUAAAAUAUUUGCUACGGGAAGCGUGGAAAUUAGUAACCUAUGGCGUGAUCACUAUAGAAAAUCUUUUUAACGAUUCGACACACCCUGCCCCUGUAAUUCUGCUACGAAAUGUUAUCGUCGACGCACCGACGGUUACUGUUCGAGAAGUGGAAAACGCCGUCAAAGCUCUCAACACGAGCGGCAGCGCCGGUAGCGACAGCGUCACUCCUGAGCACGUGUCAUGCGCUCACCCGGUCGUUUAUGUCAUGCUCAGCCUUCUCUAUGACAUGUGCAUACGUCACUCAACAUUUCCUGACGAUAUACUCGAAGUGAUAUUAGUACCACUGCUUAAAGAUAAAAACGGCGAUCCAAGCAGUAAGAGUAAUUAUCGUCCGAUUGCCCUCAGCACAGUGUUCUCAAAAAUCCUCGAAUCUAUUUUGUUCAGUCGCUGUUCCGAUAACCUGAGAACAAGCGAUAAUCAGUUCGCAUACAAGCCGAAUCACGGGACUGAUCUGGCCAUCUCCCUGUUGAAAAACGCGACGCUCGAAUACACCCGACGCAACACCCAGGUUUAUGCGUGCUUCUUGGACAUGUCCAAAGCGUUCGAUCGAGUCUCCCAUGCCAUCCUAUUUCGGAAAUUAUUAGAACGGGGCGUCCCCAAAUAUAUCGUGCCCUUACUCCGAGUAUGGUAUAGAAGUCAAAGAAUGAGCGUUAAGUGGGGUUCAUCGACAUCUUCCAGCUUUACUGUCACGUGUGGUGUAAAACAGGGCAGCAUCCUCUCGCCCUAUCUCUUUAAUAUCUAUAUGGACGAACUUUCAGCCAAGCUGAAUAACCACAAAUUAGGAUGCUAUAUCAAUGAUCAACUUGUAAAUCACUUAAUCUAUGCAGAUGACAUUGUUCUCCUUUGCCCCUCACUGUCUGGCCUGCAGACGCUGCUUAAUGAAUCUGCUGAGUACAUAGCAGCUGUUAAGCUCACACUAAACACCGAUAAAACAAGAUGUGCAUUGUUUAACAAAUCACGUUUAAAUAAAACACCCGCGACAGGACUUAGGGUUAAUAACAUGUACAUCCAAUUUGUAAAUGAAGUUGCAUAUCUCGGUUAUGUGGUUACUCAUAAUAAUUCGGAUGAUCGUCACAUAGAGAAGCUAUAUAGAGGAUUGUGUGUUAGAGCCAAUGCAAUAUUCCGAACUUUUAAAAACUGUUCACAUGAUGUUAAGGUACUUCUGUUUAAAAGUUUCUGUACAUCUCUCUACUGUCUGCCGCUUGUGAUGAACUUCAGAGUUUCAGCUUUGAACAGGCUUCGUGUGUGCUAUAAUAACAGCCUGAGAAAGGUGUUCGGCAUUGCCAGCCGUAGUGGCAUCUCUCAUUUUUGUGUUAAUCUCGGCAUCGCCAGCUUUGGCGAGCUGCGUCGUAAGGGUGUUGUUAGCUUGCUGUCCAGAAUAAAGCUCGCAAAUAACAAGUUACUGAAUAGCUUUGUAGACGCUAACUAUCUGCAUACGACUGCCAUGUACUCCAAGUGGAGACCAAUCAUGUACCUUUUUUAA